AAACGAUUCUUGUGCCUCAGCCUCCCUAGCAGCUGAGACUACAGCUGUGGGCCACCACGCCUGGCUAAAUUUUGUAAUCUUUUCUUAUCUUCUCAGUGCUAUGAUUGUUUGACAAUACAGAAUUUCCAUUGAUUUUGAUUAUUCUUACAUGAGCUUGUUGUGGAUUAUUUAUGAAUAUAGUAUAUUGUGUGAUCCUUUAGCAUUUAUUUGUAUACAGUAAAUAUGCUGUAAAUAUGAAGAAUAUGUACUUUUCAUUGAUGUGACAGUGAUAUGUUUGUUGCAAACUGUUGGACACUUUAGGGUCACAGUGGAAAAAUACUCCUUACUUUAGGCUUACACAUGUUUGUGCCCUGUCAGUGUUUUGUUAUGAUAUUGGAAAUACACUUCCGUAAAAAUAAUUUGAAGCACAUAUAAUCACCCUUUAUUUAUUAAAGAAUCUUACGCUUUUGUGUUCCUAACUUUGAAGAUCUUGUUUGGGAAGUUUAAAAUAAGUAUUUUUUUGUGUGUCAUAUUUACACAUUUCAGUAUGAUUUACCGUCUGUACUUAAUUGGAAACCUAUUGGUGUUUAUAUUUUGUAGCUAUCUCUUCCAAAUGCAUGAUGAAGGAUUUCUCAUCAACAGUGCAAGGCAAUACAGAAGUGAUCCACACAAGGACAUUGGAAAGACAUCACAUUGGAGAUUUUUGCUUCCAGGAAAUUAGUAAAGAUAUUCAUAACUUUGAGUUUCAGUGGCAAGAAGAUGAAAGAACUGUCCAUGAAGCACCCAUGACAAAAAUAAAAAAGUUGACGGGUAGUACAGACCGAUAUGAUCAAAGGCAUGCUGGAAACAAGCCUAUUAAAGAUCAGCUUGGAUCAAGCUUUCAUUCACAUCUGCCUGAACUGCAGGUAUUUCAGAUGGAAGAGAAAAUUGAUAAUCAAGUUGAAAAGUCUAUCAAUGAUGCUUCCUCAGUUUCAACAGCCCAACGAAUUUCUUGUAGACCCCAAACUCAUAUCUCUAAUAACUAUAGGAAUAAUUUCCGGAAUUCUUCAUUACUCACACAGAAACAGGAAGUACACAUGAGGGAAAAAUCUUUCCAAUGUAAUGAGAGUGGCAAAGCCUUUAAUUAUAGCUCACUCUUAAAGAAACAUCAGAUAAUCCAUUUAGGAGAGAAACAAUAUAAAUGUGAUGUAUGUGGCAAAGUCUUUAAUAGGAAGCAAUAUCUUGCAUGCCAUCGUAGAUGUCACACUGGUGAGAAACCUUACAAGUGUAAUGAGUGUAGCAAGACUUUCAGUCAGACGUCAUACCUUACAUGCCAUCGUAGACUUCAUACUGGAGAAAAACCUUACAAAUGCGAAGAAUGUGACACAGCUUUCCGUUUCAAAUCAAACCUUGAAAGACAUAGGAGAAUUCAUACUGGAGAGAAACCGUACAAGUGUAAUGAGUGUGAGAAGACCUUUAGUCGGACGUCAUCCCUCACAUGCCAUCGUAGACUACAUACUGGAGAGAAACCUUACAAAUGUAAUGAGUGUGGCAAGACCUUUAGUCAGGAGUUAACCCUUACAUGCCAUCGUAGACUUCAUAGUGGAGAGAAACCUUACAAAUGUGAAGAAUGUGACAAAACUUACAGUUUCAAAUCAAACCUUGAAAGACAUCGGAAAAUUCAUACUGGAGAGAAACCUUACAAGUGUAAUGAUUGUGGCAAGACCUUCAGUCAUAUGUCAUCCGUUGUAUACCAUUGUAGACUUCAUAGUGGAGAGAAACCUUACAAAUGUGAAGAUUGUGACGAAACUUUCACUUUCAAAUCAAACCUUGAAAGACAUAGGAGAAUUCACACCGGAGAGAAACCAUACAAGUGUAAUGAAUGUGGCAAGACCUUUAGUCAGAAGUCAUACCUUGCACGCCAUCAUAGACUUCAUACUGGAGAGAAACCUUACAAGUGUAAUGAGUGUGGCAAGACCUUCAGUCAGCAUUUAUCCCUUACACGCCAUCGUAGACUCCAUACUGGAGAGAAACCCUACAAGUGUAAUGAAUGUGGCAAGACCUUCAGUAAGGAGUUAACCCUUACAUGCCAUCGUAGACGUCAUACUGGAGAGAAACCUUACAAGUGUAAAGAGUGUGGCAAAGCCUUUUGCGGGCAGUCAGCACUUAUUUACCAUCAAGCAAUCCAUGGUCUAGGGAAACUUUACAAAUGUAAUGAUUGUCACCAAGUCUUCAGUAAGGCUACAACCAUUGCAAAUCAUUGGAGAAUCCAUAAUGAAGAGAGAUCUUACAAGUGUAAUAAAUGUGGCAAAUUUUUCAGACAUCAUUCAUACCUUGCAGUUCAUGGGCGAACUCAUACUAGAGAGAAACCUUACAAAUGUGAAGAAUGUGAUGAAGCUUUCAGAUUCAAAUCAAACCUUGAAAGUCAUAGGAGAAUUCAUACUGGAGAGAAAUCGUACAAGUGUAAUGAAUGUGGCAAGGUUUUUAAUAAAAAGGGAAACCUUACACGUCAUCAUAGACUUCAUACUGGAGAGAAACCUUACAAGUGUAAUGAAUGUGGCAAGAAGUUUAGUCGAAAUUCAGCUCUUGUAAUUCAUAAGGCAGUUCAUACUGGAGAGAAACGUUACAAGUGUAAUGAGUGUGGCAAGACAUUUGGUCGAAAUUCAGUCCUUGUAAUUCAUAAGGCAAUUCAUACUGGAGAGAAACCUUACAAGUGUAAUGAGUGUGGCAAGACCUUCUGUCAAAAUGCAGCCCUUGUAAUUCAUAAGGCAAUUCAUACUGGAGAGAAACCUUACAAGUGUAAUGAAUGUGGCAAGGCUUUUAAUCGAAAAGCAAACCUUGCACGUCAUCAUAGGCUUCAUACUGGAGAGAAACCUUACAAGUGUAAUAAAUGUGGCAAGGUUUUUAAUCAACAAGCACACCUUGCACGUCAUCAUAGAAUUCACACUGGAGAGAAACCUUACAAGUGUAAUGAGUGUGGCAAGGUUUUUAAUAGAAAAGCAAAGCUUGCACGUCAUCAUAGAAUUCAUACUGGAAAGAUACCUUAGAAAUGUGAAGCAUGUGACAAAGUUUACAGUCACAAAUCAAGCCUCAAAAGCAGGAGAAUUCAUACUGGAGAGAAAGCUUACAAAUGUAAGAGUUGUGAAAAGGCUUUCAGGCAUGAUUCACACCUGGCACAACAUACUAGAAUUCACACUGGAGAGAAACAAGUGUAAUGAGUGUAGCAAAGCCUUUAGUGGGCAGUCAACAUUUAUUCCUCAUCAGGCAAUCCAUGGUAUAGAGAAACUUCACUAAUGUAAUGAUUGUCACAGAGUCUUCAGUAACGCUACAACCAUUGCAAAUCACUGGAGAAUCCAUAAUGGAGAUCUUACA